GGAUAAAAUAACCAUCAGCUAAGUGGAGUGGCUCCCCUUUCUGCCAUCUGUGCUCCACCGAGGUAGAAAACAUCUCUCAUGAGCUUAAGGAUUGUAGAAAGGCAGCCCCAAUCUGGGAGGCUUGGUUCCUAGGCUCUCCCCAGGGGACUUCUUCAGCUUGCCGAUUAAAGAUUGGUUCCAAAAGAAUCUCAACCAGGGGUGGCCUAAUCAACAACUUUUGAAUUGGAAGGAUAUUUUUGCUUCCACCAUCUGGCAUCUUUGGAAGUGGAGAAACAAUAAAGCCCAUGACCCUCAUUUUUCUAGACCGGAUUAGCCCAUCAUCUUUAUCUCCAAGUUUGUUAGAAAUAUCAUCACCAGUGGUCUUAAUCGUAGGCUUGUUCAGAGUCAAUCUCGUGCUUCCCAUAGAGCGUCUUGGACUGCUCCCCCUCCAGGUUGGAUGAAGCUUAAUGUAGAUGCUUCUGUGAAACCCAGUACUGAGUUGGCUGCGUGUGGGGGUCUUUUCAAAGAUGAGCCAUGGCAACUCAAGGACAAGUUAUUACCUGCAAAGCCGCGGUGGCAUGGGAACCCAAUAAGUCAUUGACCAUCGAGGAUGUUCAGGUGGCUCCGCCGCAGGCUGGGGAGGUCCGAAUCCAAAUUCUCUACACUGCUCUCUGUCACACCGAUGCUUAUACUUGGAGUGGCAAGGAUCCAGAAGGUCUCUUCCCAUGUAUACUUGGUCAUGAGGCUGCUGGGAUUGUAGAAAGUGUUGGAGAAGGUGUUAAUGAUGUUCAGCCUGGAGAUCAUGUCAUCCCAUGUUACCAGGCUGAAUGUGGAGAGUGCAAGUUUUGCAAAUCCGGCAAAACCAAUCUUUGUGGCAAAGUUCGUUCAGCCACUGGAGUUGGGGUCAUGCUGAGCGAUCUCAAGAGUCGUUUCUCUAUAAAUGGGAAGUCCAUCUAUCAUUUUAUGGGAACCUCCACGUUUAGUCAAUAUACUGUUGUUCAUGAUGUUAGUGUAGCUAAGAUUGAUUCAAAAGCUCCUUUGGAGAAAGUUUGUCUUCUUGGAUGUGGUGUUCCAACUGGACUUGGAGCUGUCUGGAACACUGCAAAGGUGGAACCAGGGUCAAUUGUAGCUGUUUUUGGCCUUGGAACUGUUGGGCUUGCUGUUGCAGAGGGAGCAAAAGCUGCUGGUGCAUCACGGAUUAUUGGCAUAGAUGUUGAUAGCAAUAAGUUUGAAAGAGCAAAGAACUUUGGAGUCACUGAGUUUAUUAAUCCAAAAGAACACGAGAAACCAAUUCAGCAGGUCAUAGUUGAUCUCACAGAUGGUGGAGUUGAUUAUAGUUUUGAGUGCAUUGGAAAUGUCUCAGUGAUGAGGGCUGCUUUGGAAUGCUGCCAUAAGGGUUGGGGGACAUCAGUUAUAGUAGGUGUUGCAGCAUCAGGACAGGAAAUAUCAACUCAACCUUUUCAGUUGGUGACUGGACGUGUCUGGAAAGGAACAGCUUUUGGUGGCUUCAAGAGUAGGUCACAAGUGCCUUGGCUUGUAGACAAGUACUUGAAGAAGGAAAUCAAGGUUGAUGAGUACAUUACCCACAAUUUGACUCUUGCGGAUAUCAACAAGGCAUUUGACCUUAUGCAUGAAGGAGGCUGUCUCCGUUGUGUGCUUGCUAUGCAUGUGUCGGUGGUGGCUUUGAAAGUUUUGCGUGGGAUAGAAGUGUCACCCUUCUUUUUCUUUUCCCUCUUGUGGUGAUUGAAAUAAAAUCAAUCAGGAGUGGCUAUAAUUCGGAAGAUCAUGGCUUUAUAAUAAUAAUAUGAACAUUAGAUUCCCAAAUCUCUUGCGAACUUGUGAGCAGAAAGCCUUUGCAAAUUGCAAUGCAUAUAGGAACAUUAUUUUCAGUUAUGACUCAAAUGUCAAUGCUCAUUGUAGACACCACCCCAGCUGUUUUAAUCAAUAUAAUAAUAUAGAU